AUGGCCAUUUCGUGGAAGUCAUUCGACUUCUUCCAAGUCUCUCAAGUGUCCCUCCCCGAUGACGACGCACGCCAGCUCUUCGAAGGCAACGAGAUAUCCAGCGUCUGCGCAGGCUCCGAGAGCCUCUUCCUAGGUGGCAACGACGGGUCCGUCAGCAUCGUCGGCAAGAGCUGGAAGGUGGUAAGGAAGUUCCAGGCCCACGAAACCGGUCGAGUCACCCACAUGCGCCAGGUUGAGGGGACGAGCUUGCUCGUCACUGUCGCCGAAGACUUGAGCAGCGAGCCGGUGCUCAAGGCCUGGGCGCUGGAUAAGCUGGUGAAAAAGACCAACAUGCCUACCUGCCUGAGCACGCUGACCAUCAACAAUGGGAGGCGGCAAUUCCCAAUCUCUGCCUUUGCGGCGCUGCAUGACUUAUCUCAGAUUGCCGUGGGCUUUGGAAACGGCGCAGUGACUGUUAUUCGAGGCGACCUUGUUCACGACUUGGGUACCAAGCAGAGGAUUGUGUACGAGUCCCAGGAGCCCGUCACCGGGGUGCAGCUGGCGACAGAUGAGAAGCUUACCACGCUUUUUAUUUCGACAACGACGAGGAUUUUGAAGUUGGGUCUGUCUAGAAAGGGUCAAGGGCUACCUCCGAAGAUCAUGGAGAAUAUCGGAUGUGCUUGGGGGUGCAUGGCGCUUGAUAAGGAGACGGGCGAUGUGGUCGUGGCCAGGGACGAUGCCAUCUAUACGUAUACCAUGGAUGGGCGCGGGCCCCCAAAGGCGUAUGAGGCACAAAAGACUAUGAUUGCCAUGUAUGAAAACUACGUGGCGCUGAAAUGCUUGCCGUCUGGGGCCAGCGGGAGAGAUCCCGACAGCAUGAGGAGGCGAUUUGGGAGCAACGGCCACGAGGAUCUCUUCACCGCAACCACGUUUGUGCUGCUGGAACCGGACCUCAGAAUUAUUGCGCAUUCAGAGACCAUGAUUUCACCCGUGCGGUUCGUCUUUGAUGUCUGGGACGACCUGUACACCAUGUCGGAAGAGGGCAAGGUUUACCGAUACCAUGAGAAACCGUUGCAGCAGAGAUUGGAAAUGUUGUUUCAACGCAACAUGUUUCCUCUCGCGAUCGAGUUGGCGCAAAAUUCGGGCUUGGACGGCCAACAGCAAAGCGCCAUCUAUCGUAAAUUUGGCGACCAUCUUUACCAAAAGGCAGACUACGAUGGGGCCAUGGUACAAUACAUUCGCGCCAUCGACACUACAGAGCCAUCUCAGGUCAUUCGAAAGUUUCUCGAUACGCAACGAAUACACAACCUCAUACAAUACCUGGAGCAACUACAUGAGCAUCGAAAAGCCACUUCCGACCACACAACCCUUUUACUCAAUUGCUACGCCAAGCUGAAAGACAUUGCCAAGUUGGAAAAGUUUAUCAAAUCCCCUGGGGACUUGAAAUUUGACCUGGACACAGCCAUCGCAAUGUGCAGGCAGGGGGGAUACUAUGAGCAGGCGGCAUAUCUUGCCAAAAGGCAUGGCGAGACUGAACUGGUAGUUGACAUUCUGAUUGAGGACUCCAAGAGUUAUGCCGAGGCACUGGACUAUAUAUGGCGUCAGGAUCCGGAAGUGGCGUAUCCCUGCAUGCAAAAGUAUGCCCGAGUACUCAUCGAAAACUGUCCUGAAGAGGCUACGAAGCUGUUUGUUCUCUACUAUACUGGAAAGUUCCGUCCAAGGAAGACGCCAGUGCCCAUUGUGGGGGAACCGACAUCGACGGGCGGAUUCACAUCUGGAGCCGCCAGCGCGGUUCAGAAUUUGUCCAGUUACUUACCAUUUCCGUACAUUGGCGCCUCAUCUGCCGCCUCCCCGGGCACUCCCAGCUACAAUAAGCAACUGCCGCAAAACGGAGUGGAAGCGAGUGAGGAAGAAGACGCGCCGCCCAAAUACAAGGUCCCGGCGCCAAGAACAGCGUUCUCCUCGUUCAUCGACCACGCAGACGAAUUUAUCACGUUUCUCGAGGCAUGCCUCAAGGAGGAGGACCUCAAGGCUGCAGACAAGAGCGAUUUGUACACGACCCUGUUCGAAAUGUACCUCUACAAAGCCGGCGAGAAAAAGGGCCAUCAUCGGGAAGAGUGGGAAGCAAAGGCAAAGAAGCUGAUUGAGGGAGAGCACGUGCCCAUGGAGAGCUCCAGCGUUUUGCUCCUGUCGGAUCUGUCCAACUUCCGCGAUGGCACAGUGCUGGUCAAGGAGCAGGCAGGCCUUUUCUUUGACAUUUUCAGAUCAUACACAUCGGCAAAGGACACGAGGGGGGCCAUCAAAUCCCUGCGCAAAUACGGCCCCGACGAGCCCCAGCUGUACCCGGCUGCCCUUGCAUACCUCACGUCGGACCCCAAAGUGCUCGACGAAGCAGGCCCCGACGAGCUGGCCAACGUGCUGUCCAAGAUCGACAGGGACGGGCUCAUGGCUCCCCUGCAGGUGGUGCAGACCCUUGUAGGCCAGUCGUCGGGAGGUGGCGUUGCCACAAUAGGCAUGAUCAAGCCGUAUCUGCAAGAGACCAUCCUCCGCGAGCGCAAAGAGAUCGACGACAACCGCCGGCAGAUAGAAGCUCUACGAAGCGACACGGAGAAACGGCGGGCCGAGAUUGCCGAUCUGGGGUCCAAGCCGGCCGUGUUUCAAGCCACGAGAUGUUCGGACUGCGGACAGGGUCUGGAUCUACCUGCUGUGCAUUUCCUGUGUAAACACAGCUUUCACCAGCGAUGUCUAAGAGGAGGAGGAGGGGGGGGGGAAGGGGAAGAAGGCGAGGAUGUGGAAUGUCCACAGUGUGCGGGAGGCAACGAGUUGAUCAGGAAGAUGAGGGAGGAACAGAAGAAGGCGGCGGAGAAGCAUGAUUUGUUCAAGGCAGAGCUGGAGGGCAGUGACGACAGGUUCGGUACGGUGGCGAAGUGGUUUGGACGGGGGGUGAUGGGGUGA